AUGUUCCCCCUUUAUUGCGCUGCUGCGACGAUCAUGAUCUUCACGGUUGCUCAAAGUUUUGCAGCUUCUUGUCCUGAAAUUUUUGACUACGUCCUGACUUUGGACAAUGAAGGUUUGAUGAAAAGGCUGGUGCUGCCUCGUGACAAAACCCCCAAGCAGAAGAGGAAGUACAAGCUGGAGUUGGCGGCUUCUGGGGGCGUGUGUCCUCUUGGUUCGCCCAUUACAGUUAUCGCUGGUGUGAACCACCACAUUUGCGAUAUUGGUAAAAUAAUCGAAUGCCCGGCAGUUUUCGACUAUGUCUUAAAUCUGAGCCAAAGAUUGGCGAUACACGUUACUCUAAGUCUUGUUGAAAGAAGAGAGGGUGUCGGAGCCGACUCCGGCUCCUCAAAAAACUCAGACUUCGGGUAA